AUGGCCAUCAGAGGCAGCAGGCAUUCGACCUCGAGUCACGAAUCUGACUUAUCAGCCACUGUUUGCAAUCCGAGUUCAACUCAAUCUACACCUAAAGAGUCAGACUUCCCACCAGAGCCAGCUACUCGUGUGAGUUUUAGCACCUCUAGUAGCAGGAGUGAGGAAGAACAUGAUGUCAAGGACGACUUGAAUAAUCCUGUCGACGGAUGGCCCCGGGUUGCUUUGUUGAUGGCUAAAACGCCAGAUUUUGCAGCCUUCUCGCGUUUCAGAGAUCUCAAUGUCAAGAAUCUACUGUAUUAUCAAGCACAGUUGACACGGCUGAGACGGAAAUUACACGAACAAGAAUAUGACGACGUUCGAGAUAGAGGUGAAGAUGACGAGGUUCGCAAAUAUGCAAAUAGGGCAGAUUUCUUGAUGACAGCUGAGGGGUCGGCUCAACUGAAGCUGGUUGUAGAGAUUAGAGGCCUUCUGAAAGAGUAUAAUGAGGCUUUACUUCAAUAUUCCCAGGUAUCGGCGUUGCCAGAGCCGGACACAUACAAUAUGAAAAACUUUAGAAAAUGGCUACGACACGCCGACAACGGCAACUUCAGUAUUGGAGGGGAAGGAGAACAACAUACAUGGGGAGAUAUUUACGAGGAUCCUGACGAAGAAGACUUUUCUCCCUGGAAGCGAUUCUGGAAGAUCAUCUGGACUUUGAUCUGGACACAAGCACCGCCGACGAGUGAUCUCGAUCUCGUUGUUACGAGAACGCCACGGAAAAUCGAUGGGUUUACACGAUGGGUAGCUUGUUAUUUUAUACCUUUCUAUGAGGAUUUCACCCGGUACAGAGAACAAAAAAGGACAGACAAACAAAUAAAGCAGGGAACUGCAGAUAUGGAGAAACAGCCAAAGGGGUUGAAGAAACGCUUGUCAAAACGUUCAUCGAAGAAGGCAAAACGUGUGUCGCCGGAAAACUGGGUGCCAAAAGCAGAGAAGCAGGAGACGUUGGCGACAUGGUCCGAGAAAGGAAUGCUGAGGUUCACAAACUCCAUCUCGACUGUCGUGGCAUGUCUACUUCCAACCAUUGCUAUCACAGUCUUAACCCAGGUUCACGGAACGAGAAAUUUGUUGCUCUGCAUUGCUGGUUUUGCAGUUAUAUUCGCCGUGGGCCUGAUAUUCUUGACUAAUGGCACAAGCUCGAGGGUCGAAAUUUUCACCGCUACUGCUGCGUUCUCUGCUGUCUUAGUGGUCUUUAUAUCUGUCCCGGUCAUCAAUGUUCAGGGUCAAGCUACAGUUGGAAGUUGA